GCGGGCCACAUGCGGCCCGCAAGGUACUUUUGUGUGGCCCGGAAGGCCCCUGUUAACCUGUAAAUAAUUUGGCCCAAUGCACGAGUGUCGGCCCGGAUUCAGUGACCCGGAUUCAGUGAUCCUAGAGUCUUGUCUAGAUUAGCAUUCCUCGUUGUCAUUACUAGUCACUCGAACAAGCUGAACAAGAAGCUUCAAGGACAUGUUCAAUUUGUUAAUGUCAUGUAUGAGCAUGUUGUCAUGUUCCUGGUCAUGCUACAUUUUUGGAAAACACAGCUAAAUCAAGGGAACCUAGUUCAUUUUCCAUCUUCAAAUGAAGUUGAUCGAGCUGCAGGGUACCAGUGAAUUGAAACAGAAAUACAAGGAAACUCAUAUCAUCCAGUUUUAUAUGGAGUAUCUCCAUGGUGGAUGAUGUGCUGCAUGUUUGGCAGUACUUGCCUUUGCGAAAGUCUCUUCUCAAACAUGAAGUAUGCGAAGAGUCGACUGCGAUCUCGAAUGAUUGAUCAGCACCUUGAAGGCAACUUGCGGCUGCCAACAUAAAAAAUUCUGCCAAAUAUUGAGAAGUUCGACAAGGACAUGCAGCACCAACUUGCACAUUAGCUUCUUGUAAUAUACUGACCAGUGAACAUGUACUUCACAUCUAUGUUUUUAUUUACGUACAGCUUUCACGUUACAGAUAAUUUUCCGAUAAAUACAAUUUUAUUGAUUAGAUUAGCAGUUCGGUAGAAUUGGUAUAUGUUAAAAUUAUACUGUAUUUUGAGUUGCGGCCCUGGUAUGCAUUUCAGAAAUCAAAUUUGGCCCCCUGUUUUAUAAAGGUUGCCGACCCCUGAUCUAGAUCUAUCUAGAUCAGUGUGCGGGCCUGACAAUGCGAUGGAGCUUUCGGCAACCUCUUUUUCGCGAAUUCAAGAACUAAACUGUCAUGGCGGCCAGAACUCUUUUGUAGAGUCCAGAUAAAUAUUGUGCUAGCUGAGAUGCUUUAUUUAGAAGAUUACCUUGAAUUGAUAGAGCAACUGCCUCAAGAUUUAAGGGACCGAUUUACUGAAAUGCGAGAACUGGACUUAAAAGUUCAAAAUACAAUUGAUACAAUGGAUGGCAAGGUUCAAACAUUCUUCACUGAAGCCAAGGAUGCCAAACCGGAAGCACGUAAACAAGAGUUUUUAAAAAUUAAAGAGAGUUAUGACAAGGCAGUUGAAGAUGCAGAUGAAAAAGUUACUAUGGCGUCCCAAAUAUUUGACUUAGUCGACAGGCAUCUAAGAAAACUUGAUCAAGAGCUUGUAAAAUUCAAAAUGGAAUUAGAAGCCGACUGUGCUGGGAUAACAGAAAUCUUAGAAAAACGCUCAAUGAUGUACGAUGAGACGCCGACAGACAGCUUCGAUUAUGCUUCCCCGUACCAACACAGCGAUGGUCACGAGAAAAAGAAGCAUGACACUGACCGGUACUCGACCUUGAAUGGCUUCGCACCGACAUCUCGAGAACUUCCUGCUGCCAGUCCCAUGCAGCCUGUUUAUAAUUCGUUGCCAUCUUCACCACAGACAAUUGUCCAUGACUAUCCCACUUCAUCAGGCUCUUUAUCCUAUACUCUCGGUCACGUUGGGGCUGGCUCAGCUGCAAUUGCUGCGGCUGCUGCGCAGGCUGUUACUUCAACAUAUCAGCAAAACCAAGGUAGAAGAGGGCAGCAAGCCAGCUUGAAAGCAAGUGUGGCGACAGCAAUGAAGGCGGAACAAUUGAGCAACAGUCUUCAGAGUCUUCUGGGUACGGUGUCCCCAGCGCUGCACAGGAGCCAAAACUAUGCUGACGUUUUAAAUCCGAACCGAUACCAAUCAUCUUCAGCAAUUUCACCAAAAGCUGCUUUGGACCUGAACACUCCGGCCCAGGCCACAAGUGGUAGCCAGAAAAGCAGGAAAAGGAACAGCAGGCAAGUGCACACUUCGUCAGUCGCAACACCAGUGGUACCUGUAGUGGAAGAGCUGCCUAUGGGCUCAUCAGUCGACUGGGUUCCUGAACCAAAUGAGCCACGAUAUUGCCUUUGUAACCAGGUUUCUUAUGGUGAAAUGGUUGGAUGUGACAACCCAGAGUGUCCCAUCGAAUGGUUUCAUUACGGCUGUGUUGGUUUGACGGAAGCCCCAGAAGGAAAGUGGUACUGCCCAACGUGCUCCGCCAGAAUGAAAAAAAGACGAGCAAGGUAGCAUAAGCAGGAACCACAGCCAAUGCUCAUUGCUUCACGCUACGGUCAAAUGCUUUGCUCCUAAGCAUUGUAGCUUUAGAGGUGCUGACGCAGGAUCUGACUUAGAGGUGAUGGCAUCCGAAAGAUGGCAUUUAUCUGUAAUGGGUUUGUAAUGGGUUACCAUCCGUAAAAUGCACAUGUUACUGGAUAUCAUUGAUAUAGAUUGCCACCUUUGCCACAUGAACAUGAAAGAGUUUGUAGCAAGGGAACGCUAUUUUACUUCUGUAAAUUUGAUGCUUCUGUAUUUUCCUAGAUAAUGCUGAGAAAGAGUUUAUGCCGAGAACAAACGCCUUUCUUUCUUUCCAUCAUUACCAAGAAGCUAUUUGUUUUCACGCCAAAAGGUUUUUUUACGUAGAUAUGUUGCAUUUGUGGUCAAGAUUGAUAUCCUGGUAGACCAAGGAGCAUUUUGGGCAAUGCACGAAGGAUACAAGUGUUGAUAUUAAGAUUUUGUCCAUGAAUACUUAAGUUUAGUAAACUGGGUUUUUCUCCGACACUCCGGCUAGCAUUGGGAAGAUAUUGCAUAUAUUUAUUCUUGGCUUAAUUACUAAAUAUUCUAGAUGGCUAAUCAAACCACCAUUCAGUUGAUACUCGGUGACAAUUCUUCCUCAUUUUCCUUACAGUUUCUCAUCACUCAUCAAUCUCAUCACGCGUUUUUGUGUUUGUACAUUCUUUACUUCAUUUGUUGUAUUAUAUCUUUAUAAAUAUUGUUAACUUUAUAUUAUAUUGUUGACAGAUUUAUGGUCAGAUUCAGUUUCUUGUCUGGCCAAUGAUAACACCGUGAAAGUUGGCAUAAUGCUUUUUUAAAGGAUGAAAUGUAGAGUAAAAUACUGUGUGUUUUAUUUAACUGAGUGAUUCUUCCAAUAAUUCUACUUUAGAUUUCUUCAUUUAAUUUGAUCGCAGGAUAUUUAACCCAAUAAAAUAUCUGUUUGUGAGUUCUAAAUUUUUUUGGCUACAUUUUAAAUAGUGUUUAAAUCUGCAUAUUUGUGAGCUGAUUGGCAAAGAAAUAUUUUGUUGUUGAUUCGGUGCUGCACAAUUUCGAUUCAAACGUUUUGAGGUAUUUUUUUCAUUUCACACAAUAAGCAGUUUUUAAGAUUAUCAUCAGAUGCUGUUGACCAUUUAUUUCCCUGUGAGUUUAAAAUGUUCUUCCUUCCUUUUUUAAUUCACGUCCAUCGAGAAUAGGGUUUACAACUUUGAGAAGGCUUGUAACUUGUCAAAUCAUACUAGUUAAUAAGAAAUUCUUAUAUUUAGAUUAACGAUAAAGCCGAUGUUAACGGGCAAAACCCAGUAGCCUACAAUGUCCAAGGGACAUGUAAUUUUGUCCAAGAUUUCAAUCUAUCUAUGUCUUGUACAGGUAAACCACCAGAAUACAUCUUGACCAAGGACUGUGUCUCUGUUGUAUCAGUCGUCUGCUUUAGAGAAAUCUCACGUUGUGCUUGCUACUCAAUAUGGACUCUGCGUUGAACAAAAUAUCGCAUGAUAAAUAUAUUUGGUAUUUAAAAAUAAACUAUAAAAUAGAAAAUAGUAGCCGGUGAAAUAUAUCUAAAAAAAGUUACUUAGACACUGUUACCAGAAAUUGAUGCAUUUUUCUUGCAUCCUUGCAGCAGGACAUACCUUGCCAGAAGAUGAUAACAAACUGUUGAAAAUCGGGAUAGAAUCAUGAAUGUGACUAUGAUUUUUAGAUAUCUCAAGUGUCAAUUUUUGGCCAGUGAAUUCAAUUUUGAAUAAAGCGAUACCGUCAUACUUCUUGAUUUUUAAACUCUAAUCACCUAGUCUAAAAGUACAUUUGGAUUGUCGAGUGUUAUAUUUUCUGAAGCGCCAGAAGCUGACCUUCUAGAUGUGCAUUUGCCAACGUGAAUUUCUUUUGAGAGGCAGUUGAGGUGGAAAAAAGGUGUUUUCUAUACAAGAGGCGUUUUCUAUCGAAGAAAAUCUUAUACAAAUAAAAAGGCAUCUAUUUCAAAAAAAUACCUCGGGACCGCAUCAAUGUGCCUUGCCCUUGUCAAAUGUCGAUGGCUUGUUUCAAACUACGUGUAAAGAUAUCAAACCUAGUCUUUAAUCAAUUUGUACAAUUGCUGAAAACUGAGUUUGUAAAAUUAAACGAAAAAUUCCUUUCUGACACAAUUCAGUGCAAAACUGAUCAACUGACAUUUGUUCGUGCUGACUAAAAUCAGAUGUUCCAUCAAUUAUCACAGCAUAAUAGCUGCUUUCUUUUAAUUCUUCGACAAUCCUCAAGCAAAGCAAGCACUAUUUGCGCUGUUGGUGCUCUUGCCGCUUUCACCUAACUGGUUUCUUCAACCUUAUUCCAUUACUCCUGAAAGCGCUCACGAUAACGGCCACUUUACUCAUCUCAGAGAUUUAUAAACAUAUCCGAAAUGUAGUUUUUCUGAAACUUUUUGUCUUUAAAGAAGGCUCAUGCCCGAUUUUUGCCCAAAAAAAUCAGCAGCCUGAAUCUCCGUUCCGUACGCCUAUGAUAUUACCUACACAACUUAAUUGGGUGGGUUUUCUUCAGGAGUCUUCAUAUCGGGACUAAUCGGGACGGGAGUUAUGAAUAAAGGGGAUUCCAAUAACUGAAUAUACAUCACUUCUUGGCCAAAUAGUACUAAAAAAAGAGCAAGGCAAAUUGACAUAUACCUAUGAUGAAUUUUUUUCUAGAGAAAACCACGAUAGGGGAGAUCAAUAGCUUCAGCUUUAUGUCCUUCUUGAAUUAACAUUUUAAAAUUUUUUUCAUUGUUUUCGUCAACCAUAUCAUCGUUAUCAUCAAGUUCUGUCACUUUAUUUGCUAGCAGAUUGGGCAUUUUCAUCCUCUUUAACUGCUGCAAAGAAUUCAAAUAUUUCCUUUCUCUUGGCCUUAUCCUAUAUAAUCUGGGUUAUUUUCAAAAUAUAAUAAAAAAGAUCUCGAAUAACGUUGACGUUUCCAAUGUUAUCUCGUGACAAAACUUCGUUUUUAAGUACUCGAAGCCUUGAAUUAACUACGUUUUGUUUUUAUUGAAUUUUAUGUAGUGGGAGGGUGUAUUUGUAAAAACUCUGCUAUUCAAAACCUCUGUUUCCCUAUCCCCUAAUCUUUUGGCUGUGCGGUGCUGUCGGCAGUUCCUAGAAGCCACACCCAGGACUACACCAAUGGUCACACCAUUUAUACUUGCAUUUGUGUUAAAAGUUCUCUAUUGGGUGGAUGAAAUCAUUCGAGAUAUUCACGGAGACAACAAGAUUGAAAAGAAAUUGCCAUCCAAUUCCAGAGAUAAAAUUUUUCAAAACUAUUUAAUUUUCGUAAGAAUUAAGUCCUAUUCUCCUAAUGUCCUAUUCUCCUAAUCUCUUUCAAGGUCAUUCGCCUUUGGAGCCCUAUGGUUCCACGCAAGAAUAUGGAGUCCUCCGAAGGUGCUCUUAUAUUGUCGUUGUUUUUAUAGACAAAGAAGGUAAAAAACCCAUAAAAAAUGAUGUGAAAAUAAAGGUGUAAAUCUAAAAUGGAAAAAUGAGAAAAAAGGAGUAGUCACUACCAUCUGGUUACAGCCUCAAACUCAGAUGGGGGAUGUUUGUGUGUGCUUGUAUAUUUGAAGCAAUUAGCUUGAAUAGGGUACAAAAUGAUAAAACAACAACUCAUUAGCCAGGUAUGUCUCAUUAUCAUUAGUCGGUAUGUCCAUUUCUUGUAGGCGCCGCUCGCAAUCCUGCGUCCAGGAUCACGGUUGCAAACGUAAGGAAAUACAGAUAAAAAAUAUAUGUUAUAGCUAUCAACAUCAACAAGAAGUAGCAAUCGACAUAGAGUGCUUAUUAAAGUAUUGUAGAGUGUAUAGAGGCACCUGAAUGGAGUAGGUGUGUACAGGCAAGGUUGGGCGUGGCUCUGGGAACAAAGGGCUGGGAGAAGUGGGAAGGGUAAGGUGUAUAGCCUGUAUACAAAGGCAGAACGUUACAUUGGUCGUGGCUGGGCUUUGCUAUGAAAAGGAAGGGUCAAAUGGGUUGGGAAAAGGAAGAAGUAGGGUACCUGAUGUGGAAAUGGGUUUGUAUGGAUUAAGUUGGUGAAAAUGGGCAGGCCUGGGCGUGGAUAUGGAAGGGAAGGGCUCAAUAGCUUUGGGGAAGGGUAUGUGGGUACCUAAUAGUGUGUGGAAAAAUUUGAGAGAGUAUGUAGGAGUAGAAAGGGCUGGGCGCUGGUAUUGAAGGGGGUGAGGAGAAGGGAUUGUUAGGGACCGCACGUGUGUAUAGGGGUAUGUGAAUUAAGUGCGUGGGAAUGGGCAGGGCUGGACUGGGCUGAAUAUGGAAGGGAAGGGCUUAAUUGGUUGAAGAAGGGGGUGGGCACCUGAGCUGUGUGUGGGAGCAUAUAGGUACGUGGGUAGGGAUGGACUUGGGGCGACUAAAGGAGAGCCCUAUCCCAAAAUCCCUCUUAAUUUUAACAAGGAGCCCUCUGAGCCCCCAUCCACAGCAACAUUGGUUGUACGUUCUAAAUACCCAGGUAGAUUCAUAAAUUCUAAACUCUUUUAGGUGAGGUGGUAGGAACACAAUCCUUUUGAAUGAAUGGAUAGGCUCUCCUUGUAGCGUAAACAAUACGAGGAUUGACAACAAAGAAACAUCUUGCGAUGGCCUGUCCAAUCUGGCUUUCAUAUCGAAGGAAAAUGUUACCUACCCAUGGGUCUUUUGUGCACCAAACGUUAUUUCAGUCGAAAGGCUUGCUAAUUUUCCCUCAAUGCAUCCACCAUCAAUAAAAUCUUCUGGACAGCCAUUACGCAGAUAUCUGGAUAUCUUCUUUAGCUGAUCAAGUUCCGAGUUGAGUUUUGACUUUGAACAAUUUCGAUUUUCGGAGAUAUUUUGAACGUUAGAGGGUAAUUUGUUGAAUCGGAAUCUAGCCUCGCUUGUAAGUAGCUGACACUCUUUGACACUUCCUUUCUUUUUGUUGGAACGGUGAAACCUUCGGAGUAUUCUUCUUAAGAAUUCCCU